GCCAUCAGAUUCACACUGCAUCUGCUAGUGGCAGUGCUAGCGGUGAAGCGAUCUUUUGUCUUGGCUUAUCCACUUGUUUUAGUAAUUAACUAAUGGCUUCCCCUUGCAGCGUUCCAUUGCUUUUCAUGGCAAUAACAGCUCUAUUAUUUUCUCUCCUCGCGAGUCCUUGUUCUUGCUUCAAUCCCAAGCUCUUUAAUGUCUCUAAACUCCAGUCCAGCUGGUCGCCUGCCGGUGCAACCAGGUACGGAAGCGCCACCGGAGCCGGAACCGACAGUGGGGCUUGUGGAUAUCAAAAUGCAGUGGAUCAACCUCCAUUCUCUUCAAUGGUAUCAGCCGGUGGACCUUCUUUGUUCAAAUCAGGGAAAGGCUGUGGAGCUUGUUAUCAGGUGAAAUGCAGUACGGAAACUAAUGCUGCAUGCUCAGGAAUCCCAGUGAUCGUGGUUAUCACUGAUGAGUGUCCUGGCUGCGUCUCCGAAUCUGUUCAUUUUGAUCUCAGCGGCACCGCCUUCGGAGCCAUGGCAGUUUCCGGCCAGGCUGACAGGCUCCGGAAUGCCGGAGUUUUACCAAUUCAGUACAUAAGAGCGGAAUGCAACUACCCAGGAGCGACGGUGGCCUUCCACGUCGACGCCGGGUCAAACCCUAAUUACUUUGUCACUCUGAUCGAGUACGAAGACGGAGACGGCGACCUCUCCGGCGUGAAUCUGAAGCAAGCCCUAGACUCGGAUUCAUGGCAGCCCAUGCAGCAAUCAUGGGGGGCAGUUUGGAAACUGGACGCAGGGUCUACGCUGAAAUCCCCUUUCUCCAUCAAGCUCGUCGGAGAGUCCGGCCAAACCCUAGUCGCCAACAACGUGAUACCGGCCGGUUGGCAGCCCGGAAAAACUUACCGAUCCGUGGUCAACUUUAACGUCUGAGUUGCCGGAAAACUUUGUUAUAAUAACAUAAUAUGAUUGGAAGAAGGAACGAGAAAUUAAGUCUACUUAGAAGGGACUUUGGCUUGUCUUGUUAGGCUAAUCCCAAUAAAGUAGCAGAGUAAGUUCCUGGUGGAAAAAACUCUCUACUUUUACUUGUUUCUCCUCUCCCCUUAUGCGUGUAGUUAUGAAUUAUUGAAGGGAAUAUGAUAUUUUUCGAGAAGAUGCG